CCCACAACUACUAUUUAACAUAUGGUAGCUUCACCUCCCUUUGUCUUGUGGAUUUGUGUUUUAAGUAUUUGAUAGCACUAAGUCCACCCCCUCCAUAAUAAGUAUCUGGUUCUGGAGUGCUUUCUGGUUCUGUAAAUGAAGCAGAUCUUUGGUUGGAUGCAAGGCAAGGUAAGCGGAAAACAAGGGUCCAAAACUCAGAAUUCAUCAGCAGCUAAUAAACGAGUUCUGCAAGAAUCUUUAAAAGAAGAAUUCAGUGACUGGCCUCAUGGACUGCUAGCAAUUGGCACAUUUGGGAAUAGGAAUGUGACAGAAGAAAUAGAAAACAGGAUUCCUCAUCCGACUGAAGCCUCCAGUCAGAAUGAUCUACAAGAUCUUACCCCUGAAGAAGUUGAAGAGCUUCAGAAUGAGUUGAAUCUAGGCUUAGAUAAACCGGGAGUUGCAUGUGAAUCAUUGGCCGAACAAGACAGUAGCCUGGACACAAGUAAUUCAUCGAGAAAAGAUAUUCAACUCCAGCGUACCAGCAGUGCUGUUUUCAGCAGGGGGAAGGAUAGUCACUUGGAUAGUACCAGCAAUGGCAUUGGCAAGAAAUCAAUGUCGUUUCUCUUCAAGAAGAUGCUUCUCUGCAGCAGUGGAUUCUCCCCAACUCCUAGCUUGAGAGAUCCAUUUCUAGAACCGAUACACGUAGAAUCAAGAAUGAAGAAGAUUCUCACGACUAUCUUGAGCAAAAAGAUAUAUCCACAAAGUUCUAGUCCGAAGGCUAAUACCCCGAGAAAAUAUUUGGAGAAUAAGCAAUUUUUCAUGACUGACAGUGAAAGUGACAGUGAAGAUGAAAUGUCUCAGGAGGCAAAUGAUGGAAGUAAAUGGGUCAAAACAGAUUCUGAUUAUAUUGUUUUAGAGAUAUGAUCAACCUCAGCUUCAAGAUUUUGUACAAGAAUGGUCUGCGAUUCUUUCAUUGCCUUGUCCCGACCUUGCAUUGCCAUGAAUCUGACUUGCAUAUCUGUGACGAACCCUUAGGUUGUGUUCCUUGUCAGUUCCCUGUCAGUUCAACAUGUGAUUCAACAAUAUGGAUGAAGUGAAGUUUGCAGUAAGUCAUGUGUUAUGUGAAAUUGUUUGAAGAGAAAUAAAAGAGUGAAAUGUGAGGCAGUUUAUAUACAUCCUUCUUCUCUUUCCCUGCAGUUAUUGAUAUUAUUAAGAUUCUACAUUUGUAAA